GUUCCCUGGACAAGUCAGCCGCAUCUGUAAUUGAAAGCUCUCUAAUUUUUCCUAUCACUUCAAGUUGAUUACCGCUAGCUACUAGCAGUAGCAGCCAUGCCUAGUGAAAGCACCGACCCUGUUCCUCUACCUAAUGUUCCAACAUCCCCUCUAACAAAGAAACGUCGUACUUCCGUACCAGAGCUUCUCCCAGAAUCCAAAAGUGUACCAGGACGGUGUCUUUUUCCAACGCUGCCGCUCGAGCUUCUUGCAGAAAUAUUGAUUCAAACUGAUUCUCCUCGCGACGUUUUAUCUAUUGCUCGCACAUCCAAGCUUUUAUGCUCAACCCUCGUCUGCAAUCCUGCUGCCGACUUCAUCUGGCGUACCAUUCGCAACAAGUGCUUACCUCACGCACUGCCUGAUCCCACCCCAAACUUUAGCGAGGCGGCGUAUGCAGCGUUCGUGUAUGAUGGGGGGUCUUGUGAUGUGUGUCAGAAAAACACAAACGAAUUCUAUGCGAGCUUUGCUACACGAAUUCGUUUAUGCCGUGAUUCGCGUUGCACGAAGAAUAUCAGGAGAUAUCUUAUAGAUGUUACCUCUAUUAUGAAUGGUCACGCACGCGAUGAGAUAUGGAUUCCCUAUGUUGAGUCAACCCGUUGCUUUGACUCAAACCUCGACAAAGCAUGGCCCGAGAAUCCCAACGUAUUGAUGAGGAAGGCAGAGUGGGAGCGUUUUCGACGCGAUUAUACAGCGUUCUCAGCUCUAUCUCCACCUCCCUCUGAGGAGCUGCGGAAGGCAUGCACUGAUCAGAUUGCGAAAUUUCCAAAGGUCAUGGAGUUAGCAGUUGCGUUACAGAAGUGGAAGUGCUCCUAUGACACUAUGUACCGCACCAUCAAGACUCAAAACGAAACAUGGGCGCAAGCAUGUGCUUCCGGGGAAGGCUGGGAUAUGCAUGAUUUGCUUAACUCUCAAGCCUAUGGUUCAUUACAUAGGUACAAGACUUAUGCGCUGGAGGAAGUCACACUACGCGAUUUCCUUCCGAUCAAACCUCUUGUCGAAACCCAACUUUUGAAAAUGCAAACACAUCGUCAAAAUAGAGAAAAUGAAGAAUCUUACCGCCAGCGUCGCGACGAUGUCGAACAAUACUACAAUCGCCUACGGUCCGCUGGAACAAUCGUCCCCUCACUUUAUGAGUUCCGCAAACUCUCUGUGAUGAUGACCAUGCAGGGGAGCGUGACGGGUUCGAGGCCCAAUUCUAGUGGCCUUGCGAAGGACAUGAAGAAUUCGCCCCUCGUCGCAGAACUUGUUGCAGCUGAUUUAAAGACGUGGAUGGCGUCUGCACGGGAAAAACUGUCUGAAUUGCUCGGGUUUCCAAAGUGGAGGAGUGCGAGCAAGACGAAGCUACAUCCACUAGACAGGAUCACUGCGCGUUUUAGGUGCCAGAGAUGCGAGAAGGUCUCAAAGCGGUACGAAAUGGAACGAUCUCUUGAUUUUCCAGGUGUCUGUGCACAUGAGUGUCCCAGUGAUGACAAGAAAAACAAGAAGCCAGUGGACUGGAAUGCUGAUCGCUUCGUAAAAGAUGGGAAGGCGUCAAACGCAGUUGCCCGCCUCCUGGCGCUCAUCGGAAUUACCGAUGAAGAUGCGGAGGCAUGUAACACGGUCAAGAUGCUUGGAGCACAUAUUCAGUGCCUUUCCUGCAAACACGCAUUCAUCGUCAUGGACUUUCCCACCCUCAUUGGUCACUCUCACCGGCAUGAUGAUAUGCAGGUAGCUAUACUGCCCAAAGGAGAAGGGCCAGAGCAUGCUUUUGAGGCAGGUUUGUCUGCGAAACUUAUGGACAUGGGUCCCAAGUCACAGAAGUUGAGGAGCGAGGUGAAUUAUCGGUGCCGUCAUUGCAUUCCAGCUGGUGCCGACGCGGAUGGCGAGGAGCAGGUCUCUACAUCGGAACCUGUUGCGAAGGAGUCGCAAACGAUGGACCAGAAGAGUCGCCAGAGAAACAAGAAGAGCAAGUUAAGGUCAAUGAACUUCAAUGCGCUCCGCUCGCAUUUGAAGGGAAUGCACGGAAUAGAGGUGGUCAGCGACGAGGAUUUCUUCGCACAAACUCCUGUGAAGUGGCGGGGCUAAGGAAUCCAAACGGGGGGGGGGGGG